GCUCAUCAUUAUAAGAGGGCCACCUCUCUGUUAAUUCCCCCACCGCCACAAAAAUCAAGAAUCACCACCACCAUCUCCGUUCAAGAACCAGACACUUUCUUCUUCCACUCUCUCUGAAAAUCAAGAAAUGAAGAAACAGCUGAUUUUUCCAACUACUGUAAUUCUUCUUCUUCUGUUCAUCAUGAAUGUUGUUGUUAAUGGCAUACCAGAAGAAGAAUUAAACAUGGCAAUAACAUCAUUAAAAGCAAACGGAUACAAUCUAUUCGGAAACGCAAUCUCAACAUCAGAUAUUCGUUAUCAGAUCAUCAGUACUUUCAACAACAACAUCACUCUCUUUUCACCAACUGAUUCUGAUCUUUACUCACUUGAUUUAGUUUCUGAUUCUUCAGAUUAUGUUCAGAAGCUUCGUUAUCAUGUAUCUCUUAAUCAAUUCUCAUUCAAUAAUCUCUCCUCCUUUUCUUUCAGUAAUAAUCUUGGCGGAUCAUUGUCUAAUCAGGUUUCUUUUAUCAAUACUUUGAUUCCUCAUCAUUGUCUCACGAUUACUAAGGAUGAUAAUCCUAAUCCUAAUGAGAAUUCAUCUUUUGUUAGUGUUGAUGGUGUGAGAAUCGUGGUUCCAGAUCUUUAUACCGGUUCAAGAAUUACUGUUCAUGGUUUAGGUGGAAUUCUUUCUGUGAAUUUCAGAAAGAAUGUGAAUGAUAAUGUUUACAGUGAUCUUGAUUUAGGUUCUAUUUCUUCUUCUACUCAAUCUAUUCAGUGUUUCUCUUCUUAUGUUCCUCCAGUGAAGUUUCCUGACCAGAUUGCUAUAUCAACAACUUCAUUUUCGCCGCCGCCGCCUUCAACAGUUCCGGCAGAUUCGUUAUCUCCUGCUUCAAUUUCGGCAGAUUCGUUGUCUCCUCCAUCAUUUCCGGUUAUAUCUUCGAAUCCUGAUUCAAUUACGGAUACUUCUAUUCCGGCUUCGGUUUCUGUUCCUGCAACAUCUGUGGCGGCUCCUGCUGCUAUCUCGGCACCUAUACCUGUGUCUUUACCGGUGAUUACUCCUCCACCGGUCUCUAUGGCGGAAAUCUUACCAGCAAAAUUGAAGGGAAGCAAAGAUGAAUUGGAUGUGGGUAACAAGAGAGAGAGAGGAGGAGGUCAUUAUCAUCAUCGCGGUCACCACCACCACUACCAUCAUCGUCAACACCAGAUAAAUGUUCAUAAGAAAUUUCAUAGAAUUCGACGCGUAUAUGAUCUUCAUCAUGAGGAUUUCCUCUAGAUUUCGUGGGUUUGUCUAUAAUGAAUGAUUCUUUCUUUGCAUUCUGGGGAUUUAGGGUUUUGGAAAUAUGAUGAGUCUUAUCACACUAUUGAGUCCCAUUGCAAGUAAUUUCUUCAGUAUUGUCUGGUUUGGAGUCAGAUUUUGGUUUGAGUCAGAAUUUCAGCUUCACACUGUUGCUAUCUGAGUGAAUAGUGAAGGAUUUAGCAAUUUCCAUAGUAAUUUGGUUGUUUUAGGUCAAUCAUGGUUGUAAUUGUUUCUGCUGUUAUGAGCAAAUCACUCAGAGUCUUCUGCACUGUGAAGAAGCAUUUGUAUUUUGAUUGUUUUUUUUAGUAGAAAUAUUCUUUCA